AUGGCUGUAUCUGCAAAACUGUACCUAACCGUGUUUGCCAUCCUCUUCGUCGCCGGAGCAACCGCGCCGUACGGUGCGGAGGUGAAGGUCAUGUGCCAAACUGUGAACUCCGACCUGAGCCCAUGUGUUCUCUAUUUGAUCACUGACAACGUCGACAAAGGGCCGUCGUCCGUUUGCUGCAACGGCCUGAAAUUGCUGCUCAGCGCGGCCUCGACCCAGCUAGAUCGCCAGAUCCUGUGCCGCCUCGACCCAGCUAGAUCGCCAGAUCCUGUGCGUCUGUUUGACGUCCCUUACCUCCUCCGUCAACGACGAGCAACUCGCCCGCGUCGCUAG